GGGUUUGAGCUCCUUAUAUUCUGGUUAUUAAUCCCUUGUCAGAUGGAUAAUUUGCAAAUAUUUUCUCCUAUUGUGUGGGUUGGCUCUUCACAUUGUUGAUUGCUUCCUUUGCUGUGCAGAAGCUUUUUAACUUGACGUGAUCCCAUUUGUCCAUUUUUGCUUUGGUUGUCUAUGCUUUUGGGGUAUUACUCAAGAAAUCUUUGCCCAGACCAAUGUCCUGGAGUAUUUCCCCAUUGUUUUCUUGUAGUAGUUUCAUAGUUCGAGGUUUUAGAUUUAAGUCUUUAAUCCAUUUCGAUUUUAUUUUUGUAUAUGGUGAACAAUAGGGGUGAAGUUUCAUUCUUCUAUAUGUGGAUAUCAUGUUUUUCUAGCACCAUUUAUUGAAGAGACUGUCCUUUUCGCAAUGCAUAUACUUAGCACCUUUGUUGAAAAUGAGUUCACUGUAGGUGUAGAAAUUUAUUUCUGGAUUUUCUACUUUACGCGGUGCUAAAAAGAAUGUACUGUACAUGAAGUGAUUUCUAGGAUAUGUUGUUACAUGACCAUAGCAGAGUUAGAAAUGUGCUUUAAGUAAUAAUGGAAAAUAAGAAAUCUACACAUAUUGAUAUGGUUUGGCUGUGUCUCCACCCAAAUCUCAUCUUGAAUUAUAGUUCCCAUAAUUCCCACAUAUCAUGAAAGGGACCUAGUAGGAGGUAAUGGAAUCAUGGGGUGGGUCUUUGCCAUGCUGUUCUCGUGAUAGCAAGGACAGAUAGAGGAGUGGCUUUGAAUAGAAUGGGAGGCAGGUUUGCCGUAAGUGAUUUCCAGCUUGAGGUUUCCUUAGUGAUUUUGGGGGCCCAAGAUAUUUUCCUUUCACAAUACUAAGCAGUUUAAUUUCUCUGAAAUGUGGCAUUUCCACGUCUAAAGAAUGUUAAUAUGAAAACUUUAAAAGUGGGAAGAUAGCUUUUCCAGGAGGGCAACUGGCCCUCCAUAUUGGCCCUUGACAGGGCAGCAGCAUUGCCAUCUUGGACAAGCACUGCCAUUUUAAAGUUCGUGUUGAUCAAAAACUGCCUAAAUCCAAAGGGCAUCAGCCUAAUGGCUAAGGUCAGCAUGACCAUAAACCACAAAUGACAUCUCCAACCAGAAACAUUCCAACCAUAAGAUAAACCCCUCCCUGACCAGAGACAUGCCAGCCCCGAGAUAACCUCCCCUCCGUUGGAGAGAUGUCAGUCCCAAGAUAACCUCCCCUCCAACCAGAGAUAUUCCAACCCCACAACAGACUUCUCCCCAACACAGAAACAUUCUAAGCCUGUGAUAAGCUCUCUCACCCUUUUAAAACCAAUACAUACUCUUAGUCUGUAAGAGAGAGCGCUCCUGACCGCAAUCGGCCAGAAGCCCCUCUCAGAUUUAUUCUCCAAAACGAACCUGUCUUUGACUGUUGAGCCGCUUUUCGUGUUUUGUUUUUUUUCUCUUUAACUCUUACAGCCCUCUUAAACACUUAAACUGUGGUUGUUUUUCUUGCCAAACCAGUGGUACAACAGUGUCUGGAACAGGGGCUGGUGCACCACUCAAUGCCUCUCCCAAACCAUUUUUCCUGGCCCCUUAUUUAAGCUCUUGGAUUUAGCCUCAUACUGUUAGCGUCUCGUAUAUUAGCCUUUCAGCCAUCUCUUGACCGCUCCACAGUCACUCCCCGCUAACUCCUUGAAGAUUGUAUCUCCUUGCUUUGUUCUCUUUCAGUAACACUCCUGUCAUCAUGGGAGGCGUGUAGACUUCAGGAAUUCCUGUCUUUUCAGUAUUUUCUCUCGAGGACGCAGGGAGAGGGAAGGACCACUCUCAGGGCCACAGUCCAUAUUGCUCACCAGGCGCUCGGGUCUGUGGGAUUCAUUCCUCGUGGGCACUGCGGGAAGUGUAGUCAAAGAGCACCGCGGAGUCCCACGCUUCCCGCUGGAGGGUGAUACUACAGAACGUCUCCUUUGGCAGUCAAGGAAGUGUAGCACAGGAGAUCUGUUGAAUGACGAGCAAGUAGGCGCAGGACGGCGUAUCCGGGGAAUUCUGGGAAAUGUAGUUCACACGCUGCGCCCGGUAGGGGCACUUCCGCUCCCGGGGGGUGAGGUUGCUGCAGUGCAUUCGGUGGUAGUUCGGUGUCAGUCCUGUGUCUUGUCGAUCCUUCUAAACGUGUCCCCUUACGAUGCUGGCUCGCAACCACCUGGAAGUUGACUAAGGGGAGAAGGAAUCUCGUUGGAAAACGGAGAUACCACCAGGAACAUACCUGUAGCCAGAGACAGUUGCUUGUAGCUUUCUGCAGCAAAGAAGCCUACAUUUCAAGAUAAUUGUGGGGUGUCUUGGCACAAUUCUGUCUUCCCUUGAACUGCAUAACUGAGAACUCUGCAAAUUCCCCAAAGGAGGAGGAAAAAUGACCAUGUUCAAAGAGGCAGUAACCUUCAAGGAUGUGGCUGUGGUCUUCACCGAGGAGGAGCUGGGGCUGCUGGACCUUGCCCAGAGGAAGCUGUACCGAGAUGUGAUGCUGGAGAACUUCAGGAACCUGCUCUCAGUGGGGCAUCAACCUUCCCACCGAGAUACUUUUCACUUCCGAAGAGAAGAAAAGUUUUGGAUGAUGGAGACAGCAACCCAAAGAGAAGGGAAUUCAGGAGGCAAGAUCCAAACUGAGUUGGAGUCUGUUCCAGAAACAGGACCACAUGAAGAGUGGUCUUGCCAGCAAAUCUGGGAACAAACCGCAAGUGAGUUAACUAGACCUCAAGACUCCAUCAGUAGCUCUCAGUUCUCCACACAAGGUGAUGUCCCCUCCCAGGUUGACGCAGGACUAUCUAUAAUUCACAUAGGAGAGACACCUUCUGAGGAUGGGAAGUGUAAAAAAUUCUUCAGUGAUGUCUCCAUCCUUGAUCUUCAUCAACAAUUACACUCAGGAAAGAUAUCCCAUACAUGUAAUGAGUACAGGAAGAGAUUCUGUUAUAGCUCAGCUCUUUGUAUUCAUCAGAAAGUUCACAUGGGAGAGAAACGCUAUAAGUGUGAUGUGUGUAGUAAGGAAUUUAGUCAGAACUCACAACUGCAAACUCAUCAGAGAAUCCACACCGGAGAGAAACCAUUCAAAUGUGAGCAGUGUGGGAAAAGUUUCAGCCGUAGAUCAGGAAUGUAUGUUCAUUGCAAAUUACACACAGGAGAAAAACCUCAUAUUUGUGAGGAAUGUGGGAAGGCUUUCAUUCACAAUUCCCAGCUUCGGGAACAUCAAAGAAUCCAUACUGGGGAGAAGCCAUUCAAAUGUUAUAUAUGUAGUAAGAGCUUCCAUAGUAGAUCAAAUCUUAAUAGGCAUUCCAUGGUCCACAUGCGAGAGAAAUCAUUUAGAUGUGAUACCUGUAGUAAUAGCUUCGGUCAGAGAUCAGCACUUAAUAGUCAUUGCAUGGACCACACAGGAGAGAAACUAUACAAAUGUGAAGAAUGUGGAAGGAGCUUCACUUGUAAGCAAGAUCUUUGUAAGCAUCAGAUGGACCAUACAGGAGACAAACCAUAUAAUUGUAAUGUAUGUGGGAAGGGCUUCAGGUGGUCCUCAUGUCUUUCACGACAUCAGCGGGUCCACAAUGGAGAAACAACAUUCAAGUGCGACGGAUGUGGGAAGAGAUUUUACAUGAAUUCACAGGGCCAUUCACAUCAGAGAGCCUACAGAGAAGAAGAACUGUAUAAAUGUCAGAAGUGUGGGAAGGGCUACAUUAGUAAGUUUAAUCUUGACUUGCACCAGAGGGUCCACACAGGAGAGAGACCUUAUAAUUGUAAGGAAUGUGGAAAGAGCUUCAGGUGGGCCUCAGGUAUUUUGAGACAUAAGAGACUCCAUACUGGAGAAAAACCAUUCAAAUGUGAAGAGUGUGGGAAGAGGUUUACUGAGAAUUCAAAACUUCGUUUCCAUCAAAGAAUUCACACUGGAGAAAAGCCUUACAAAUGUGAGGAGUGUGGAAAGGGAUUCAGAUGGGCCUCAACUCAUCUAACCCAUCAAAGACUGCAUAGCAGAGAAAAACUAUUCCAAUGUGAGGAUUGUGGGAAGAGCAGUGAGCACAGUUCAUGCCUUCGAGAUCAACAAAGAGACCACAGUGGAGAAAAAACAUCCAAAUGUGACGACUGUGGGAAGCGCUACAAGAGGCGCUUGAAUCUAGAUAUGAUUUUAUCAUUAUUUUUAAAUGAUAUAUAAUUAUUGUCCAUAUUUAUGGGUUACAGCAUAUUUCAAUACAUGUAUACAAUGUAUAAUGAUCAAAUCAGUGUUAUUAGCAUAUCCAUCACCUCCUUUAUCAUUUAUUUGUGUUGAUCAUUUAUCAUUUUUUUGUGUUUUGAACCUUCAAAAACUGCUGUUCUAGUUAUUUGAAAAUAAGUUAUUAUUAAUUAUAGUCACCUUUAGUGCUGUGGAACACUAGAACUUGUUCCUUUCAUCUUACUGUACUUUCGUAUCUGUUAACUAAUCUUUCAUCAUCCACCCUCCCUCCUACUUUUCCCUUCUAGUAAUUGCUAUGCCACGCUGCUUCUGCUUUUUUUUUUUUUUUAGAACAGAGUCUUCCAGGCUUCAGUGUAGUGGCAUGAUCCUGGCUCACUGCAGCCUCCACCUCCUGGGUUCAAGCGAUCCUCCUGCCUAAACCUUCUGAGUAGCAGGGGUUAGAGGCACGCGCUACCACGCCUGGCUAAUUUUUGUACUUUUUUUUUUUUUUUUGAGACGGAGUAUCGCUCUGUCACCCAGUCUGGAGUGCAAUGGCCUGAUCUCGGCUCACUGCAACCUCCACCUCCCGGGUUCAAACAAUUCUCCCUGCCUCGGCCUCCCGAGUAGCUGGGACUACAGGCGCCCGCCACCACACCCGACUAAUUGUUGUAUUUUUAGUAGAGAUGGGUUUUUGCCAUAUUGGCCAACCUGGACUUGAACUCCUGACUUCAGGUGAUCCGCCCACCUCAGCCUCCCAAAGUGCUGGGAUUACAGGCGUGAGUGACCAUGCCUAAAAAUUUUUGUAUUUUUAGUAGAGAUGGGGUUUCACCAUAUUGGCCAGGGUAGCCUUGAACUCCCAACCUCACAUGGUCCACCUGCCUUGGCCUCCCAAAAUGCUGAGAUUACAGGCAUGAGCCACCGUGCCCAGCCAAUGCUAUGCUGCUUCUAUGAUGUCAACUUUUUAGCUUCCACAUAUGUGUGAGAACAUGUGGUAUUUAUCUUUCUGGGCCUGAAUUUACAUCAUUCAACAUCAUGUUCUCCAAAGCUUAUCUUUAUCUUGCCAUAAAUGACAGAAUUUUAUUAUUUUUUAUGGUUAAAUAGUGUACCUUUGUGUAGGUAUGCCACAUUUUCUUUACCUUUUUCUGUUGAUGAACACUUAGAUUGGUUCCAUAUGUUAGCUAUUGCAAAUAGUACUAUAAUAAAUAUAGGAGUGCAGAUAGGAGUUCAACACACUGAUUUCCUUUCCUUUGGAUAUACAGCUAGUAGUGGGAUUGCUGGAUCACUUGAAUCUUGAUAUGCACAAGAAGAUCUACACUGGAGAAGAACCAUGGAAGUGUGGAGAUUGUGGUACAUGUUUCAGUCAGGGCUCACAUCUUCAAAUUCAGUGUCUGUUCUGUAGAGAAACCUUAAUAAUGUGAUAUAUGUGACAGCAAAGAGUUAUAAGGUAUGAAUAUGUUAAUUUUAGUAGAUACUUCCGAAAAGUAUUUCAAACUGGUUGUACCACUAUAAACUCUGACCAUUAUUAGGCAAGAAUUGGCUUUUGUUUUUCUUUUGAGACAGUCUUGCUCUGUCACCCGGACUGGCAUGCAGUGGAAUGAUCAUGGCUCCCUGCAGCCUUGACUUCCCAGGCUCAAGAAAUCCUUCUGCCUCAGCCCCUCAAAAGCUGGCACUAUAGGCAUGCAGCAACACACCUGGCUAAAUUUUUGUUGUAGAGAUGGGGUCUCUCUAUGUUGCCCAAAUUGGUCUCAAACUCCUGGGCUCAAGCGAUUCUCCCUCCUCAGCCUCCCAAAGUGCUGGCAUUACAGGCCUGAGCUACUGCGCCCAGCAUUUUGUUUUGUUUUUGAGAUGGGGUCUCUCGGUGUUGCCCAGGCUGGAUUGCUUAUUCACAGAUGCAGUUACAGUGCCCUAUAGCCUCGAACUCCUGGGCCUAAGUGAUCCUCUUGCUUCAACCCCCUGAGAAGCUGGGACUACAAGCAUGGACCACCACCCCUGAUUGAUCUUCUUUAGUUUCUGUCAACAAAAUAGUACACUGUUUCCACAAACUUGGGAAGGCUAGUAUUUUUGGGGGGGGGGGGGAAUCACUAAACAACAAAGAAAAUCUGAUGAAUUGGACAGCAUAAAAAUAUUGGCAUAAAGAUGAACAUAACAUAAGUAGGAAUAUUUAAAGCACAUACUUUUAUAGAGUGUCUCCCCUGUAAUGUCUCUGGUUAAAUGAAAGGGUUUCAAAUGUGAAGACAACUCUAACCAUACUCAUUACCUGUAAAAGAUGUAGCAUUGUCAUGGACUCCUUAAUAAACGUGAAGACUUUAAUCCAUCUGAAGGUGCAUCAUACUUCUGAAGUUUCCAACACUGACAACGUGAUGGGCUUACGGAUGAAAACUCAUGAAUGGGAAAAACUCAGCUAUCGUUAAAGCCCAAUAUAUUUUAUUAAAGAUAUGGGGGCUGUCUCCUAAAUCUAGUUAGUGAUGAAUUUCAAGUCUACUGAAAUUCAGUGAGCCGUCACUGAAUCCUUGUCUACAUUCAUUACACAUAGGUUUUCUGAGAAAAUUGUCUGCUAGUUAUGAGAGGUCCUCUCCAGUGCCAAAGUGAGUAUAAUAACCUUGCUUUUGGCCAGGCGUGGUGGCUCACGCCUGUAAUCCCAGCGCUUUGGGAGGCCAAGGUUGGCAGAUUGCCUGAGGUCAGGAGUUUGAGACUAGUCUGGCCAACAUGGUGAAACCCUGUCUCUAUUAAAAAUACAAAAAAAUUAGCUGGGUGUGGUGGUGGUGUGUGCCUGUAAUCCCAGCUACUCAGGAGGCUGAGGCAAGGGAAUUGCUUGAACCAGGGAGGUGGAGGUUGCAGUGAGCCGAGAUCACGCCACUGCACUCCAGCCUGAGUGACAGAGUGAGACUCCAUCUCAAAAAAUAAAAAUAAAAAUAAACAA